AUGUCGGCCCUGCCCUGGCACCGCGAGCUUCAAGUGGCGCAAGAGGCCGUCGUGCGCGCCGCCAGGCUCACCAAGGGCGUCCUCUCCACCGUGACGCAGGUGUCGAAGGAAGAUGCCUCGCCGGUGACGGUGGCCGACUUCGCCGCCCAGGCCCUCCUCAUCAGCAUCCUCCGCGACGCUUUCCCCGGCGUCGGCUUCGUCGGCGAGGAGGACUCGGCGGUGCUGCGCGCCGACGACCGCCUCUUGGCCCGCGUCUUCGAACUCUUCUCCGCCGCCGCCGGUGGCGUCCACUCGGUCCAGGAGAUGCUUGACCUCAUCGACUUGGGCGGCCGCGGCACCGGCGGCUCCGAGGGCCGCUACUUCGUCAUGGACCCCGUCGACGGAACGGCCGCCUUUCUCAAAGGGGAGCAGUACGCCGUCUCGCUCGCACUCGUCCAGGACGGCCAGGAGAUGCUGGCCGUCGUCGCGUACCCGAACCUCAAGCUCGACGCCGCCGGCCGGAUCCGCGAAUCGAGCAUCGACACCGACGGCCUCGGCAUCAUGCUCUUCGCUGUGGCCGGACAGGGCGCCCACAUGGCCGUCCUGUCCUCGGCCGACGCACGGCUCGAACCGAGUCCGCUGCCACAGCUCCAGCCUCCAUCGACGCCGGCCGACACCCACAUCGUCGACUGCGACCUCAACCGAGCCUCGAGCCGGGCGACGAUGCGAGAGCUCGCAACCAGGCUCGGCGCCCCCUUCCCCGGCACCGACGUUUGGUCGUCGCACGUCCGCUACGCCGCCCUCAUCAUCGGCGGCGGCGAUGUCCUGAUCCGCAUUCCCUCCAAGGAGCGCAGCAGGUCUUGCAUAUGGGACCACGUUGGUGCCCAACUCAUCUUCCGAGAGCUCGGUGGCGUCGUCACCGACUUGGACGGCCGACCCAUGAACUUUGGAGCAGGAAGAUAUCUGAGCGAGAACAGGGGGCUGCUGGCAGCCAAGAAGGAGAUCCACGAGCAGGUGCUGCUGCUCGCGCGCGAGUUGAUACCGGAUCCCGAACGCCCGGCCCCUGCCGCAUAG